CGCUUACACAUUAUCGAGAGACGCAGCUCGAACCGGACAGUCGUGUCCGUGCGAGGUAGCAGUGCGAACCGAAUGUCUCCCCAGACUUUCGAGUUUUCCGCGGGAGAUUGUGCGAGUUUUUGUAAUCACUGCCCAACCCCAGUAUUCCAACUGAACUUUAGUGGUUCAAUCAAGUGAAAUCAUACGCUCACACUCUUCUGGAAAAAAUCCCGGAGAUUCAACAUGAAAUUAUUGAUAGUGUUUGUUGCAUUUGGUCUCGUGUUUGGUCAACGCAAUCCUUAUUACGGAAAUCUCGAUGAUUUUGUGUUUGAUGGACCCAUCAGCAGCCCCAGGAAUCGACAGAUACAUUCGCGAAGUAGUGACGAAGGGAGUGACAACCCGCAGACUUCAUUAUCGAGUUCAAUAUCACUGGCGAAGCAACUAAACGAAUUGGACUCCUUGGACGAUUUCCUAAAUAUCCUGGAGGGAGUUCCAGACAGCGAGAGGAAUGUCCAAAUGGCGAGUCGUUUUGGAGGUGAAGAACGAUCAAGCGUGAGCGCAAUAGUGUCCGCAAUGUGCAAGCCCGAGCUACAGCCAGUACCAUUCAAAAAGGAUAAAAAUGACCGUGCAGUGGUUUACUACCCAGCCUGCACGAGAAUAAAAAGAUGCGGUGGCUGUUGUGGCCACCCUUCACUCUCCUGUCAACCCGUCACAAACGAAACUCGAAAUUUUGAGGUGCACGUGGCGAAAGUUACUGGACAUAAUAAAAUGAGGUACAGUCAUAAGGAAAUUGUGACUUUGGAGGAGCACACAUCGUGCAAAUGUCGAUGCAGGAUACAGGCAGAGCACUGCACAGACAAGCAACAAUACGUGCGGGACGAGUGCAGGUGCAGGUGUCGAAAUUCAGACGAGGAGACUAAAUGCACAAUUAGUAAUAAAACAAAGCUCUGGGAUCCUGACGGUUGCGUCUGUCUCUGCAGAAAUAUUCAAGAGUGCAACACUGGAUAUUAUUUUGAUCAGAAUACAUGCAGCUGUCGACCGAUAUCAUCAGGAAAAGGCUGGUCUGAAGGACCCAACUACAGUUUUCCCGUGGGCAUAGGGGAAAUCCCUCCAGUAAUAAUUCCCAUCGACGCCUCUGAUCCGCGGAGAAAACACAAAGACGAACCCAAAGAUUGAGCAAUUACUAUACCAUUAGAAUAAUUUUAUGAUCAUUCAGACGAAGUAUUUUGAUGGCUCUGGGCAUCACUGUUGAAGUCAUUGACUUGUCCAUCCUAAUUUAAGUGUUUCAGGCUUUAUCAUAUUUUUUAGUACCGAAUAUUGUAAAGAGAGAGGGAAUUUUUCGAGAAGUGACAUUUUAGAGUAAUUGAUGUACUUAAUCCCUCAGGACUUAUCAAUUUUAUCUAUCGAUUCAUGCGACUACUCAUGUGAAUCACAUGAUUUUUUGUUUACUCUAGUUGAGGCCAUGUAUACAACAUUGUGAUAAAUAAAGUGAAAUAAUUUUAAGCAA